UUCGAAUUUCUUUUUUGUUGCCUUUCGUUUUCUCGUAAACUGUGACGGGAAAAAAUAUUAUUUUUUCCUCUUUGCUUUUCCCAGAGUGACGCCAUUGAAGCCGCUCACUGUUAGUGGCCUUAUUCUGCGUCUGAUGCAACCCUAGUUUCUCUCUCUUCAUAUAUAUCUCGUCUCUUCUUCUUCUUCUACUUUGCAACGAUAAAGCGGUCAUUUUUAAUUCUUAUGUUUGAUUCGGACAUCUGGGUUUGCCUCCGUUUUCCCGGUACUUCUCUGGAUUCCAGGCGAUUAGCUUCACUGACCAGCGACUGCCCUAUUGAAUUCUCUCAAGAUUUCCAGAAAUAGAAACGAGUAUGAGUGGAGCUGUGCUUGUUGCUGUUGCUGCUGCCAUUGGUAACUUCUUACAAGGAUGGGACAACGCAACCAUUGCAGGAGCUGUGCUGUACAUAAAAAAGGAGUUCGAUUUGGAGAGUGAACCCACCAUAGAAGGCCUGAUUGUGGCUACGUCACUCAUUGGUGCUACUCUCAUUACAACAUGCUCUGGAGGCAUAUCCGAUUGGCUCGGUCGCCGUCCAAUGCUUAUAAUCUCCUCUGUUCUCUAUUUCGUCGGCGCUCUUACAAUGUUAUGGUCUCCCAACGUUUAUGUCCUGCUCUUAGGAAGGCUGUUAGACGGGUUCGGAGUUGGUCUGGCUGUAACCUUAGUUCCGGUUUACAUAUCCGAGACAGCACCUUCCGAGAUACGGGGUCUGUUGAAUACGCUUCCUCAGUUCACGGGCUCCGGUGGCAUGUUUAUAUCGUACUGUAUGGUUUUCGGGAUGUCACUGAUGCAGUCUCCUAGCUGGAGAUUGAUGCUCGGAGUCCUUUUCAUCCCGUCCCUUCUCUACUCCGCGUUGACGAUUUUCUUCUUGCCCGAGUCCCCGAGGUGGCUCGUGAGCAAAGGCCGGAUGCUCGAAGCCAAACGGGUCUUGCAGAUGUUACGUGGCCGGGAAGAUGUCUCGGGUGAGAUGGCUUUGCUGGUUGAGGGGCUUGGAGUGGGGGGUGAAACGACUAUAGAGGAAUACAUUAUCGGGCCGGGGAGCGAGGUAGUGGAGGAUCUCGAUAUAGCGGAUGAUGACAAGGAUCGGAUUAAGUUGUAUGGUCCGGAAGAAGGUCUCACUUGGGUUGCACGGCCAGUCAAAGGAGGGAGCACGGUCAGUGUAUUGUCACGCCACGGAAGCACGCUGAGCCGGAGACAAGGCUCUCUGAUCGAUCCCCUCGUCACGCUCUUCGGGAGCGUUCACGAAAAGCUUCCAGACGCCGGAAGCAUGAGGAGCACCUUGUUCCCGCACCUCGGGAGUAUGUUCAGCGUUGGAGGGAAUCAGCCGAGGAACGAGGAAUGGGAUGACGAGAUUCUUGACAGAGAAGGCGAUGAAUACCCGUCAGAUGUUGAAGCUGGAGGAGACGAUUCCGAUAACGAGCUUCAAUCUCCGUUGAUCUCACGUCAGGCGACGAGCAUGGAGAAGGAAAUGCCUCCUGCCACCCAUGGAACCCUUUCUACUUUCCGACAUGGCAGUCAAGUUCAAGGGACUCCGGGCGAAACGACGGGUAGCAUGGGGAUUGGUGGCGGGUGGCAGGUGGCGUGGAAAUGGACGGAAAGAGAAGGCGAAGACGGGAAAGAGGGCGGGUUCAAGAGGAUAUACUUGCAUCAAGAGGGUGUUCCCGGAUCUCGUCGGGGAUCUAUCCUUUCACUGCCGGGGGGCGAUGCUGCUGAGCCGGAGUUCGUACAAGCGGCUGCUUUGGUGAGUCAGCCAGCUCUUUUCUCGAAGGAGCUCGCAAAACAACACCCUGUUGGUCCGGCUAUGGUUCAUCCAGCAGAAACCGCAACAAAAGGGCCGAGUUGGCAUGACCUCUUUGAGCCUGGGGUCAAGCACGCUUUGUUAGUCGGUGUCGGAAUGCAGAUACUUCAGCAGUUCUCUGGUAUCAACGGCGUUCUUUACUACACUCCUCAAAUCCUGGAGCAAGCGGGCGUCGGGGUUCUGCUCUCGCACAUCGGCGUUAGUUCUUCCUCCGCAUCGUUGCUUAUCAGCGCACUGACAACCUUAGUGAUGUUACCCGCCAUUGCUGUCGCAAUGAGGCUCAUGGAUAUUUCCGGUCGAAGGAGCCUGCUGCUCGGUACGAUCCCGAUCUUGAUAGGAUCUUUAAUCGUCCUCGUGGUCUCGAAUCUAGUCCACAUGGACAAUGUGGUUCACGCUGCCUUAUCGACUGUGAGCAUUGUGCUGUACUUCUGUUUCUUCGUGAUGGGUUUCGGUCCCGUCCCAAACAUCCUCUGUGCGGAAAUCUUCCCGACCCGAGUCCGGGGCAUAUGCAUCGCCAUUUGCGCCCUCGCCUUCUGGACCGGAAACAUAAUCAUCACUUACACUCUCCCCGUCUUGCUGAAAUCGAUCGGCCUAGCCGGCGUGUUCGGGAUGUACGCCAUCGUCUGUUGCGUCUCGUGGAUCUUCGUGUUCGUCAAAGUUCCGGAAACCAAAGGCAUGCCUCUUGAAGUCAUUAGCGAGUUCUUCUCGGUCGGAGCCAGACAAGCUGCAGCUGCUAAAGACGACUGAACUGAACCGAGCCGCCAUGUCCGAACCGAACCAGAGAACAGAGACGACAAGUUUUGCCUCUUGUGUUUAUACACUUCCCUUUGUGUUUCUUAUGGGUUUGCAGAACAGAACGUCGUCUUUCUACGUUCGUUGUGCAGAAAUAAUCGUAUCUCCUUGUUUUCCCUAUCGGGGAACUUUCAUCAACGAUUCAGUUCUGAUU